CAACUCCAGCUUUCUACUUUUGAUUCUCACACUCACACUCACAUUGCUACUACCGACAGCUUUAACUUUAUCACAGCCAAAACCAAUACAGGCUUUGCUCAAACACUUGGACUCAAAGAGGGCAUCUCCUUCUGUUCAAGAAGCUGCAGCCAAAGCUGUUCUCAAGAGAUUGCUCCUGAGUGCUAUGUACCCAGUUUCCAAUUCAAGAUUGUCCCUCGUGAUGUUUGUGGCGGACAAAGUUGCUUUUUGAUAAGUAAUUACAACUCCUCAAGCAAGAAUGGGCCUGAGAUUGUGAUUAAAGGGACCACAGCUGUAGAAAUUGCAUCUGGCCUCUAUUGGUACUUAAAGUAUUGGUGUGGUGCUCAUGUUUCAUGGGACAAGACUGGUGGAGUUCAGAUAGCUUCCAUCCCCAAGCCACGAUCACUGCCUAUUGUAAAAGACGAUGGGGUGAUUAUUCAGCGGCCUGUCCCAUGGAACUAUUACCAGAAUGUUGUUACAUCUAGUUAUUCCUAUGUUUGGUGGGACUGGGAGAGAUGGGAGAAAGAGAUAGAUUGGAUGGGUCUUCAUGGGGUGAACCUGCCUUUAGCAUUUGUUGGCCAAGAAGCGAUUUGGCAGAAAGUUUUCAUGGAUUUUAAUAUUAGCAAGGAUGAUUUGAAUGAUUUCUUUGGUGGACCUGCUUUCCUUGCUUGGGCUCGCAUGGGAAAUUUACAUGGGUGGGGUGGACCCUUAACUCAAAAUUGGUUAGAUCAGCAAUUAGCUCUACAGAAACGGAUAUUAUCUCGGAUGCUAGAGCUAGGAAUGACGCCUGUGCUGCCAUCAUUUUCUGGGAACAAUCCAGCAGCCUUGAAGAAGAUAUCUCCUUCAGCAAACAUAACUAAACUUGGAAACUGGAACUCUGUUGAUACUAAGUGUCGUUGGAGCUGUACUUACCUUCUGGAUCCCUCGGAUCCUUUAAUUGUUGAGAUUGGGGAGGCUUUCAUUAGGCGACAAGUUAAAGGUCCCGACAUUUUGCAAACAUUUAGGUAACAUGUCAAGCAGAUAUGAAGUUAAUAGCUAUCACCUAAUGGUGCAAUCGGAUGCUCAGACACAUAUUUGAAUAGCUUAAUGGAAAUUCCUAUCCCAAAUUUUUGUAAUAUUUCAGGAGCUAAACUUGCAAUCCUGAUUUUUUUUUUCUCUCUCGGAAUUUGUUUUCCAUUUUGGAGCAUGUUCAAUUGUAAGCUAGACCAUAAGCAUUCGUAAGUUAAUUAUUUC